AUGGUCACCGGACUUUAUCCAGAAUCUCACGGAAUAGUGGACAACAACGUUUACGAUUCGCAGCUAUCAGAUGAAUUGGAGAGCAUGAAAAGAACAGAACGAGAGGGAUUCUACAAAGGCGACCCGAUUUGGAACAUUUACAAACGACAUGGCGGUAGAACGGCUUGUCUUUUCUGGCCAGGCUGCGCCUUCAACAUCUCAGGGUUACGGCCAGAUAUCUCGCCACCGUACAACAAGGAUUUACCUUUCCGGAAUCGAUUUGACAUG